GAGGCAGGAUUGAAGGCACUGGGAGCAGACGGACUCUUUUUCUUCUCAUCCCUGGAUAUUGAUCAUGACCUCUAUCUCAGUCCAGAGGAAUUCAAACCUAUUGCAGAAAAACUCACAGGUGCGGCACCUCCCCCAGAGUUUGAAGAGGAGAUACCACAUGGCCCGAAUGGAGAGACGCUGACCCUGCAUGCUAAAAUGCAGCCUUUAUUGCUGGAAAGCAUGACUAAGAGCAAAGAUGGCUUUCUAGGGGUUUCACACAGCUCUCUUAGUGGGCUGAGAUUUUGGAAACGUCCAGCUGUUCUUUCAUCCACGUUUUAUGCCAGGCAGUUCAAGGUCUUCCUGCCACCCAGUGGUAAAUCUGCCCUGGGCGACACUUGGUGGAUCAUUCCCAGUGAAUUGAACAUCUUCACUGGCUACCUUCCCAACAACCGCUAUCAUCCUCCCACACCGCGAGGCAAAGAGGUACUGAUCCACUCUAUGCUGAGUAUGUUCCACCCGCGGCCCUUUGUGAAAUCUCGCUUCGCCCCACAGGGAGCUGUGGCUUGUAUACGGGCUGCUAGUGACUUUUAUUAUGACAUUGUUUUCAGAAUCCAUGCUGAGUUCCAGCUGAAUGAUGUUCCAGACUUUCCAUUUUGGUUCACUCCUGGGCAGUUUGCUGGUAACAUCAUCCUCUCCAAAGAUGCUUCUCACGUCCGAGAGUUUCACCUCUACGUCCCAAAUGACAA